AUGGUGUGGCGUGACGUCCGAAUAAUCAAGCGACUGGGGCUUCGCGCUCCUCUAUUUCAAUCCCCCAUGGCCGGAGCGCAAACCAGCGAACUUGCCAUCGCUGUAGCCCGUGGAGGGGGUCUGGGUGCAAUCCCCUGCGCGCUCUUGUCUCCUGAUGCAGUCCGCGAGCAUGUGCAGCUUUUCCGAGCUGCUACGAAGAGCUUUUCAGCUCCAAUUAACCUCAAUUUCUUCUGCCACACACUUCCUCCGGCCAACCCGAAGGCGGACAAGCAAUGGCAAGACAUCCUUACACCAUACUACCGAGAAUACGGAGUAGAUUUGACUCACCUAACAGCUAAAGGAGCAUUGCGUAUGCCUUUCGAUGAGGUGAGUCUUGACCUGGUUCGAGAGCUCAAGCCGGAAGUCGUCAGCUUCCACUUCGGAUUGCCAUCUCCCCACAUGCUUCAGGGUGUCAAAGAUACCGGUACACUCGUCAUCUCGUCAGCCACUACUGUACGCGAGGCACUCUGGCUAGAAGAGCGAGGGUGUGACGCUGUCAUCGCGCAGGGUCUCGAAGCAGGCGGCCAUCGCGGUGUCUUCUUGUCGAGAGAAGAUAGUAAACCAGUUAAAGAUCCCGGUGAUUGCAGCGGGAGGAGUCGGCGAUGCUCGUGGCGUCUUGGCUGCUAG